AUCUGUAUCAAAUGUCAUUGUUUGCAAAUUUGAGUCGAACGGAGUUGCGCGAUCGAUAACUUAAAUUGGACGAAAUUCGGAGUUGGAGAGGUCAGAGACAUUGAUGGACUCCUCGGUCCAGCAGUGAAUAUUGUAAAAUAUAUUUAGGGAGUUUUGAAAAUGGAAACGGCUGGUGCUUACGGGGGCGGAAAGGCUGGAGGCGCCUUCGAUCCUCAGGCUUUCGUUCAGCGCCCUGCGGUUAUAGUCAGGGCAGUUUGCUGGCUGUUCAGUGUGAUCGUUAUGGGCUGCAUAUCGGCAAAGGGCUGGUACAUCAGCAAGACAGAUGGCAAGGAGUACUGCGUGUAUAACGAUGACACCAACGCCUGCAACUAUGGCGUCGGCAUAUCUGUGAUCGCGUUCGUCGCGUCCGUGGGCUUCAUCGUCGGCGAGUAUCUCUUCGACCAGAUGUCGUCCGUCAAGACCAGGAAGCAUUAUGUUCUGGCUGAUAUGGGCUUUUCUGCGUUCUGGGCGUUUUUGUACUUCGUGGGAUUCUGCUACCUGUCCAACGCUUGGGGCAAGACCGAGACCCCACCGGUGGGCACGGCUAACAACAUGCAAGGCGCCAUAGCGUUCUGCUUCUUCUCCAUAUUCGCUUGGGUGGCAUGCGCUUUCUUCGCAUUCCAACGGUUCCGCAUGGGUGCUGAUGCGGUGUUCGCCCCUGCCUACGAGGUGGAGGGCGGAGUGGGAAGCCCUGGCUCUUUCCCGGCCUACCCCGGCGCGCCCGACCCGCAGCCCGCCUACAGCGACCCGCCAUUCUCGCAGCCACAAAGCGGCGGAAACAUCGACUACACUGCACCGACGUACUAAUCUGGAUCGCAUUUGACUAACAUCAUCACUUUCCAUUAUUUUAUGUACCAAAGUUAAAAUUAAUACAUUAUAGUUAUACAACCACAUAAAUAGGUGUAAUGUCUUUAUUUUGCGCAUAUUAUGGAGUUUUUCUUAAACAAACUUGACUCUAUUUAAUGAAAAAAGUAUUAUUUUUUAGUCACUCAUUGCUAAAACUAUACUUCGUCCAUUAUUCUUUAUUAUUAUUAACAGAUGAGGGCAGUUUUUGGCUACUUUUUGGGCUAGAAAAAUUCGUGAAGUUGUUUCACGCCUAAUUAUCCAAACUGGAUAUUUAAUUCAAGAAAUUCCAGUUAAAUACAGUACAAUUCCAUAAUAACUGUGAGGUCGAUAUAUGAUAAUUAUUUCCUAGAAAAGAAUUUCUACCAAAAAACCCCAACUUGGUAUGAUAUGAGUAGCUAGCUGAUUACGGCAAAUAAAAAAUUGAAUAAUGGACCAGAAAUAGUUUACUAGAAUUCAAUACAUAAAAAGACAUCUGUUAUGUAUUAAUUAUAACUUAUUGACUUGACCAUUGUUUUAAUCAUGUUACUUUUAAGUACCAAAGUAUAUUUUUAUAAUUUAUUUUUAGAAAUACUGUCCAAUUUAGUUUAUAAUUUAUUUUGUUAGUUUUCAUAAGGGCCUCUUUUCACCAUUUUACUAAAGACACAAAUAUUCCGAGUAACUGGGUAGUUAAAACGGAGUAUAUCACAAAGUUAAACUGUACAGGAACAUCUAAAAAAGUGGUGAAUCUGCCUAUAUUUUUCCAUUAAUCUCGAAUAUUCAAUUUAUUUUCGAAUUAUUAAUAAGUAAUAUUUCUAAUAAUAACUUAAUUAAUAUUACUAAAUAGAACAUUUAGGUUUUGCUUCAUGGUACCUGCUUCUAGGUAUAUACGACAAUAUCACCAGUAAUGUAAAAUAAUAAACCAUAUUAUUAUGUAAAUAUCAUAAAAAAAUACCUACCUGAGAGCUGGUGAAUGAUUUUUUUAAGAAAUUUAAUAUUGAUUUUUAUUUUCAAUAAAAAAAUAUUUUACGACACGAGAUUUUGAGAUUCUGGAAAAAUAAAAAACUAUGAUUUUCAUUUCUUGUAAUAUAAACUUAAGAUUUAAUAAAAAGUUAAAAAUCUUUCACCAGGCCUCAAAUUAUAAAUAUUUAUCAGACUUACUUUUUUGCGUGAUUGUGAUAAUUUUUUCUUCUUCGAUCGUUACCAUUUUCACACUUGUGCCAUGUAAUAUGUGUCAUUCAUGCUCUACGCAUGAUGUUUGAAAUCAUAUAGAUAUAAAAACUCUUAAUAAUAAUUUAAUUUAAAAUAAAAAAAAUAUCGUUAUGUAUGGUAUGGUCACUUUAUUUGGCCUGAAGUGUAGUCUCACUCGUCUACCAUUACUAUUGAAAAGUGUCUAGUUACCGAUUGUUUAGAUCUUUUUAAAAUUAAGAAAAAACGUUAUUAUUUUCUAAGUGCUAUUUUUUAAUUUGUGGACUUUAAUUUUUUUUUUUGUAUUAUUGACUAGAUACUGAUUGUAAACUUUUAUAAAGUUGUCAUACCAUGUGAAUACUUUCUCAAAAACAAAAUUUACUUUUUUUUUUCUUGAAUUUACACAAUAUCAAUAGAAGAAAUAUUUUGAGAGUGUUCGAUGAACAUUAAUUAAGUAAUUCAAAAUUUACUUACCUACAUAAUUAAAUAUAGAAAAAAUAUUCACGCAUUUUUUGCAACCACGUGUAAAAACAUUGUUAUUACAGUGUUUAAGAAAACACCAUUUUAAUAUUUAAAUAUUAAAAAAAUAAAAUUACUGCAUAUCGUUGUCGAUAUGACAUUAUUAUUAAAUAUAAUAUGUUUCAUAAUUUACGGUAAAUAAGUCGCAAAUGUUCUAAAGCAAAAUAUUAUAAUGGGAAUUAGGUAAUGUGUAUGUGCAAUGGAUUUAAAGGAUUGCGCAAACGAGCCACUAAUGCACUGGCCGGCGACCAGCUGCGAACUUUAGUUUUCAUCACCAUCAUCAUUAUCAUCAUCAUCAGCCGAUAGACCACUGCUUGAUAUAAGUCUGUUUUAGAGACUUCCACAGACCCAGUCUUGCGCCGCGGCCGCCCGAAUCCAGCGGCACCCUAUGACUCGUUAAAUAUCGUUCUAACAACGCUACACUUUCCAGUGUGAGGUCGCCAUUCCAGCACUUGGAGACCCCAACGUCUGUCAGCUUUUUGAGCAAUGUGCAUUGCCACGAUUUUUCAUACGUUUUGUAUAAAGCCGCCGCUCCAUCCCCUGUAAAUUAACCAGUAUGUACGGGAACGCCACCAAUACUGGUAUUUGUCGCGCGUCAAGUGUGGCGAGCUAUGGAGAGGGCUAUGUUAGUUUUCCUGAGGGGUAAGAUCCAAAACGAGGAGACCCGCAGGAGAACCAAGGUCACUGACAUAGCCCAACCUAUUAGUAAUCUGAAGUGGCAGGUUAUGCCUGUCGUAGAAGUGAUGGCCGUCGGAGCCAAAAAGUCCUUGAGUCGAGACCGCGUAUAAGCAAGCGUAGUCUGGGACGCCCUCCAGCACGAUGGACCGACGAUAUGAAGCGGCUAGCGGGAAGUGGCCGGAUGAGGAAGGCUGAGGACCGGGUGUGGUGGCGCUCUUUAGGGAAGACUUAUGUCCAACAGUGGACGUCCACAGGCUGAUGAUGAUGAAAUGUGAGGUGGCGAGUGUCGCGUUUGCGUUGAGCCUACACUUAGAUAUAUCGGCUGUUAAUGACAAGCUUUGCUGUGUUACCAUGUAGCUGUAAUGUUCAAAAUAUUAUUUCACACCACAACCACACAGCGGAAAUCAAAUGUCGGCAGGUUAACGCAGCCACAAAUUACUAAAAAUGAUACAGUGCUUUUAUAAGUUAUAUAACUUUUAUAAGUUACGCUGAUGUACGAUCGGCCUCAAAAUUCGACUAGAAAUUCCGCAAAACUAUUGCAUCAAAAACCUGUCGCACUUAGGAUCUUUUUCAUUAAACACGCCACGCACACCUAGCGCAUAUAUAAUCGUGCCACGCAAAUAUGGUCAUUAAGGUGCUAAACGACUUAAGGCCUUUGACUGUACCUGCGCAAAAAAUCUUAAAUUUGAAAUUAUUAAUAACUAAUUAAAUUUGCAACAAUAUCUCAGUCAAUCACAGCGCGCGCCAUUGGUUGUUGGCUAUGCGCCAUGUUUUUUACGCGCGGAUUAUGAGCGAGAUAGCACGAGUCUCUGUUGUUCUUGUGUUUAAAAUCUUAACAUCAAGCAAUAAGGUUUGUAUUUUAUAUUGAUGUACAUUACAUUAGUAUUGGUGUUGCGCUUUUCUGCGCAAAAUAAUUUGGCCGAUACGACUUAUGAAAGUGCUAAGUGCCGCGAAUGGUUGUGUUUGUGGCCACGAUGUGGUCGCUAUAGACCAGUAACCACACGUUUGUGGUAGCCGUUGAAUGCGACUUGAAAUUGUGGCCAAUAUUUACUUACGCGUUUUCAUUACAAUUUUGUACCGCUAUGGUGUGGUUGUGGCACGUCUAUAUGACCCUUAUCAUCUGAGCUAGCUAUUCAGUAUUAUUAAUAUGGACUUUUAAUUUUAAAAAAUUAAGCUAAUCGAAAAAUAGUAUUUUUUCCUACAUAUUAUUAUCUUAGAACUACAUAUAUAUUUUUCUAGUAGUGUACCUACCUAAUUUAUUAAAAAAUGUAUCAAAGCAUUUGUAUAACUUAGGUAAUGUUUAUUUGCAUAUAGUUAUAAUAUUUAAAAGACAAAAUUACUUUAAAGUAAGGUCUUAAAUAAGUACAAACUAUAAAAUUCGAAACUGUACAGUUCGAAAUGAAACAAUAUUAUAUUUUAAUGCAAAGAUAUCGUCUUGAAUUUCAAAAGGAAAUAAUAGGUAUCUUUCAAACGAUAGGCCCUAAAGUAUUUAUUUUGUACGAUUGAAAAAUUCAAAUUUGGCUUGAUAACUCGAUUUUACUGUUAAGAUUUGAAUAGCGCGUCUAGUUAAGUAAAAUAGCUUGUAUCAUAUUUUUAUAAUAAUUACGCUCCUUUCAAAUAAAUAAAUACAUUUGGAUAACUGUUAUCGUUUGUAAUGCGCUGAGUGUAAAUGUACUUUUUGAUGGGUAAAUCUUAACAGUAGUAAUUCAUUUAUAUGUACAAGUUUAAAGUUAAAUUAAUUGAAUGCGCUAAAUUAUAUCAACAAAAUCCAAUUGUAUUCCUUUAAGGCUGAUUCACAUCAAUUGCGUACACGUGACACGUGCGCAGUGUGGCGCGUAAACCCCUAACACACCGGGUUACGCAUACGUCCACGUUUUACGCAAGCGGUGUGCCAUGCUUCAUACAGUUCCAUACAUUACAAUGCAAUGGUACGCGCUACGUCUACGCUUACGCAGCCUGUGUGAACGAGCUGUUAGUUAAACUCUUUAAAGUAUUCCUUAUUUUAAAGUACAAGACAUUUAAAUUGAAAAAUGAUACUAUUUUUUGGUUAAAAUGCUUAGUUUGUUUCAUUCGUAGUUGGCUUGUGAGACAAUGGGAAAAUGAGCAAGAAAUGCAUACAACUACUUGAAGGAAAUACAAUUAAUUACGGUUAAAAAUUAAAUGUAUUCAAUUAGUCUAACAUUAAAUUGAAUUCAUAAUCUACUGUCACGAUUCACCUUAAACUAAAACGUAGACAUUAUUACAGAUAUUUUAGAUGUAGAUAUUAUAUAAUAUAUAUUAUAACACGAUUAGAUCUGUUCUGAUAAUAAUGAAAAUGUACUAAUCAAUAAAACAAAAAAGAAAAAUACACAAAAAAUUGUAAUAAGUGUUAAAUAUUAUGCUAAAGUAUGGUGUUUGAUGACAUUAAUGUUGUUGUGCAUAGUGACUAUUGAUAGGUUUUAAUUUGUUGACCGAAAAAUAAAGCAUACGUAAUUCAAUAGUGAAUUAUAAUCAUAAUUCAAUACAAUUAUGAUUAAUUAUAUUGAAUUAUAAUCAUUAUUCAAUACAAUUAUGAUUAAUUAUAAUUUUUAAAUAGUAUGUUUUUGAUCACGGAAAGAAAUGUGACCAUGUAAACUGACUAUGAUACUUUGACUAUGCCCAGACUUUAUUUACUAGACAAAUUUGUGUCUUAAGACUACGGUUGAGAUCAAUAGAGUGACUUCAGAGGGGUCUCUCCCUUCCCUUCUAGAAUAUGUCUGCAAAAUUUCAUGGACUUUGGUCGCUUAAUAUUCAAAUGAAAUUGGGACUACGAUUGUAUGGAGUAAGUGUCGGAGAGAGCCCUGUUAAGACACUGUUAAAACAGCGUUAUGUUGCUAACAAAUCUUUCGCGUUUUAACUGAAACUUAAGUCUAAGCAAAGUCAAAGUACACUCAACCUUGGUGUCACUAUAAAAUACACCUAACAACAAAAGGGUUUAGCAAUCAAAUCUCAAAGAAUACAGGUUUAAAUUGGCCUAUCUUCAGCCAUUGUCUAAUAUCAACUAUCCAUCAAGAUUCGAAGAUUCGACGUUGUAAUUUACUAUUGAAUCAUGUACUUAUUUCCUUUUAAAUAUUCACAAAUGUACAUUUCAAUUUUUAAUUGUAUGUUAAACUCAUUUGUUGUAGAAGUAAAAGGUUCAACCAAUUUUCAUCUCAAUGUUUAAUAAAAAACUAAUCGUCAAGGUUAAAUAAAAUUACGAUUCAAUUAGGUAAGUGCCCAUUACUUUAUAUCAGUCUUGAGAAAACAUUUUUUAAAGUUUCUACUAAAACAAAUGAGGGUAACAUUAAAAUCUGUGGUAUUAAUAAUAUACCAAAGACUUUCAGAUACUUAACAAUCAUUAUUAAAUAUAAUUAUUAUUAAUACUUUUCGGGUAUUUUUUAAUAGAUGAAAGUAACUAUAGAAAGACCGGUCAGCUGAAACGCAUAGUGGCGUGGGGUGCGGAUUGUGGGAGGGUGAUAGCGACAUUGAAGUCCUUGAUUUUUACGUCAACUGUCUCCCUCCCACAACCCACGCCCUAUUUCACGAGCCGUCUUAGUGAAAGGGUAUACCUAUAGCUAACGGAAAACCAAAGAUACAUUAUUGUAUUGUAAAUUAAUUAUUACAAGUAUAGCACUACCAAUUUUAAGUUAAGUUACACCGAUGUACUUGUGCAGAAAUCUAAUUUUUGAAUGGCGCGCAAAUAUUAGCCAAUCACAGCGCGCGUUCGCCCGCUAUUGAUUGUUGCCUGCGCGCCGUUUUCUGCGCAAACGAAUUUUGCCGAAUGCGACUAAGGCUCAGAUCUAUAGAGCGCACUUUUACUUUGCUCAGACCUAAGACACUGUUAAAACGAGACAGCGUUAUAUAGCUGGUAUGAAUCUGUCUCGUUUUAACUGAAACUUAAGUCUAAGUAAAGUCACAGUACGCUCUAUAGAUGUCAGCCUCAAGGUUAAACUGUUAAAACAUGAAUAUGUUAAAUCCAACUAACUAUAAUUGAAUUACAAAUCCAAUUGUAUAAUGUAAGUAAAAUGUAAAUUGUAUAAUUUACACGCACAACAAAACGCGAAAGAGUGUAUAAUAAUUGUAUUUAAUGAUAAUUUUACUAAUUAUUGUUUAUUGUAUUUAUCAUGUAAAUGAACAGUAAUGAAAAUAAAUUGAAAUGAUAGAUAUGUG